CCCCUGUCCUGCGCUGCGGCCAUCAUCUGUAGCCCGCCCGCCGCUCCCGGGGACCCAGAUCCUGUCCCGGGCGCGGGUCAGAGCGGGCAUGGCCCGUCUCGGGGUCUCCUUCCCUGCACUGACCCUGGCACUUGUGGCAGUGGCCUUGGCUGGGGUCAGAGCCCAGGGCGCAGCCUUCCAGGAGCCUGAUUAUUAUGGCCAGGAGCUCUGGAGACAGGAACGCUACUAUGAACAACCGGAGCCAGAGCCAGAGCCGGAGCUCUUCUCGCCUCCAAUGCACGUGGACCGCAGAGUGGAGGAGCAGGGGCAACAGGAGCCGCACCAGCAGGAGCCCAGGCCGCCCAAGAAGGCUACUAAGCCCAAGAAGGCUCCCAAGAAGGAGAAGUUGGUUGCAGAGACGCCUCCACCAGGUAAAAACAGUAACAGAAAAGGCAAAAGAAGCAAAAGUCUCGAGAAAGCUGCCCGUGAUGAUCAUGGCGUCUCCGCGGUCCAUGAGGAUGUCAGAGAGAGUUGUCCACCUCUCGGUCUGGAAACAUUAAAAGUCACGGACUUCCAGCUGCAUGCCUCCACGACAAAGCGCUAUGGCCUGGGAGCACAUCGCGGAAGACUCAACAUCCAGGCAGGCAUCAAUGAAAACGACUUCUAUGAUGGGGCUUGGUGUGCGGGCAGGAACGACCUGCAUCAGUGGAUCGAAGUGGACGCCCGGCGCCUCACCAAGUUCACGGGGGUCAUUACGCAAGGAAGGAACUCUCUCUGGCUGAGUGACUGGGUGACGUCCUACAAAGUCAUGGUGAGCAAUGACAGCCACACAUGGGUUACUGUGAAGAAUGGAUCUGGUGACAUGAUAUUUGAAGGAAACAGUGAGAAGGAGAUCCCAGUGCUCAGCGAGCUGCCGGUCCCCAUGGUGGCCCGCUACAUUCGUGUAAACCCGCAGUCGUGGUUUGAAAACGGAAACAUCUGCAUGAGGCUGGAGAUACUGGGCUGCCCCUUGCCAGAUCCUAAUAAUUAUUAUCACCGACGCAAUGAGAUGACCACCACCGACGACCUGGACUUUAAGCACCACAACUAUAAGGAAAUGCGCCAGUUGAUGAAGCUCGUGAAUGAAAUGUGCCCCAACAUCACCAGGAUUUACAACAUCGGCAAGAGCCACCAGGGCCUGAAGUUGUAUGCUGUGGAAAUCUCUGACCAUCCUGGGGAGCACGAAGUUGGUGAGCCUGAGUUCCAUUACAUUGCGGGGGCCCACGGCAACGAGGUCCUGGGCCGAGAGCUGCUGCUGCUGCUGCUGCAGUUCCUCUGCCAGGAGUAUUUGGCACAGAACACGCGCAUCGUCCGCUUGGUGGAAGAGACACGGAUCCACAUUCUGCCCUCCCUCAACCCAGAUGGCUAUGAGAAGGCCUCCGAAGGAGGUUCCGAGUUGGGAGGCUGGUCCCUGGGACGCUGGACCCACGAUGGGAUUGAUAUCAACAACAACUUUCCAGAUUUGAACACGCUGCUCUGGGAGGCAGAGGACCGGCAGACCGCUCCAAGAAAAGCUCCCAAUCACUUCAUUACCAUCCCCGAGUGGUUCCUGUCUGAGAAUGCCACAGUGGCCAUGGAGACCAGAGCUGUCAUUGCCUGGAUGGAUAAGAUCCCCUUUGUGCUGGGAGGCAACCUACAGGGAGGUGAGCUGGUGGUGGCAUACCCCUACGACAUGGUGCGGUCUCUGUGGAAGACCCAGGAGCACACCCCAACCCCUGAUGACCACGUGUUCCGCUGGCUGGCAUACUCCUACGCCUCCACUCAUCGCCUCAUGACAGAUGCCAGGAGGCGAGUGUGCCACACAGAAGAUUUUCAGAAGGAGGAUGGCACCGUCAAUGGGGCUUCCUGGCACACCGUAGCUGGAAGUCUAAACGAUUUCAGCUACCUCCACACAAACUGCUUUGAGCUGUCCAUCUACGUGGGCUGUGACAAAUACCCACACGAGAGCGAGCUGCCCGAGGAAUGGGAGAAUAACCGGGAGUCUCUGAUAGUGUUCAUGGAACAGGUUCAUCGAGGCAUCAAAGGCCUAGUGAGAGAUUUACAUGGGAAAGGGAUCCCGAAUGCCAUCAUCUCUGUGGAAGGUGUUAACCAUGACAUCCGGACAGCUAGCGAUGGGGAUUACUGGCGCCUACUGAACCCUGGAGAAUAUGUGGUCACAGCCAAGGCAGAAGGCUUCGUCCCCUCCACCAAGAACUGCAUGGUUGGCUACGACAUGGGUGCUACUCGAUGUGACUUCACACUCAGCAAGACCAACCUGGCUAGGAUAAGAGAAAUCAUGGAGACGUUUGGGAAGCAGCCUGUCAGCCUACCAGCCAGGCGCCUGAGGCUGCGGGGACGGAAAAGGCGGCAGCGUGGGUGACCUGCUCGGACACUUGAAACAUACCCCAGACUGUGCAAAUGAAAUCCACUCCAGCAGUAACUCUGUAGCAUGCUCU